AAAAAUCUACUCUUGACUCUGCCACUGAAAAACAAACAGCCUCCUCGUAUCCGGACUGCUCGAGAGACGUCGCGUAUGAUGACGUGUCGCUGUUUUACGGUGAACGGGGCUUUCAGCUGUUUUUCCGGUGACAGCAGGGGAAUGACAGCAUCGGCAGUUACGGCCCUUCUUCCAUCCAAGCAGAGUGCCAAACAUCGACAGAAACAGGAAGGUGUCUGCCUUUGGACUUCGGGGCUUGUGUCUGGGGGAUUACUUCUUUAUGUGCCACUGGGAGCAGAAGCAGCAUGGCAGAUGACAAGGACGUGUUGAGAGACGUUUGGUUCGGCCGGAUCCCCACCUGUUUCACUUUGAACCAGGAUGAGGUUACUGAGAGAGAGGCCGAGCCCUACUAUCUGCUGUUACCCAGGGUGAGCUACCUGACUCUGGUGACAGACAAGGUGAAAAAACACUUCCUCAAAGUGAUGAAGGCCGAGGACGUGGAGGAGAUGUGGUUCGAGUAUGAAGGAACACCACUUAAAUGGCACUAUCCAAUUGGAGUUCUUUUUGACCUCCAUGCCUCCAACACUGUCUUACCCUGGAGUAUCACUGUGCACUUUAAGAAUUUUCCAGACCUUGACCUGCUCCACUGCCCGUCCAACUCAGUGAUCGAGGCUCACUUCAUGUCCAGCAUCAAGGAGGCCGACGCCCUCAAGCACAAGAGCCAAGUCGUUAAUGACAUGCAGAAGAAAGACCACAAACAGCUGUGGAUGGGACUGCAGAAUGAUAAGUUUGACCAGUUCUGGGCCAUGAACAGGAAGCUGAUGGAAUAUCCCACCGAGGAGGGAGGCUUCAGAUACAUCCCCUUCAGGAUAUACCAGACGCUGAGCGACAGGCCAUUCAUCCAGAAACUGUUUCGCCCCGUUUCACCUGAAGGCAGCGUACACACACUUGGCAGCUUGUUGAAAGAAAUGUACCCAGCUGCGUUACCAAAUGAUGGUGAGCAGAAGCGUUACCAGGUGGUGAUCCACGGUAUCGAGCCGCUGCUGGAGACUCCUCUGCAGUGGCUCAGCGAACACCUCAGCCACCCCGACAACUUCCUGCACAUCUGCAUCAUCCCCAUCCCCACCGACUGAGGUUGCAUCUACCCCACCGUUGCUGUCACCGUGACAACCGACUGACCAACCAGCUGGCCCACCAGACAAACGCUUAACGGCGCACGGAACGGUGGAAACUGUGAACAGACUCUUUAAUGAGGAGAUCAGAAUCUUGUGGCUACAGAUGAAAAAAGGAUGUGAAGGAGGUACUUCCAACCUCCUUUUCCAUCUUUUUUUAUUUAUAUUCUACCACUACUACCACUACUACUUUUUCCCUCUGAAAACUCAUUUUUAGGACGCAAAGAUGAAAAGACCUUCUCUUCCUCCUCUGCUCACAAAGGAGGAGAAGAUUUCUUCAAGUGAAGAAAUGGUUGAAUGAGCAGAGGAACUCUAACUUCCUACUCUGCUGUCUCGCUUCUUCACGUCCUCCUCUGUUCCUCUAUGAACAAACAUCUCCACGGGAGGAGAGGAGGUGAACGGAUCCCUUGUUUUCUCUAUCCUAGCAUACACCUUUCUCUCCGACUAGUCCAAGACGAAAACUGUCCCCGUGGACAGGGAGACAAGUUUGUUUGGGGAUUGUGGAGCGGUGCAUCCAUCCUACUGAAGCUGCCUUAGUUCCUGUGGUUUAUGCAUUUUUAUCAUUACCAUUCUCAUCAUCCCUGCAAAAAUGUCUGGAUGUACACGCACAGGUCGCCUGAGUUUACAUCAGAGUCUGGGAAAUUCUUCAGCUCCAUAAAAUCUCCAAAAAAUGAAACACCCGGGGACUUUUCCCGAGGACUUUCUGUUGCUUAGAUUUCCUGGAUUAACAUUUGUUUGGCUUGGUUUUGACAAAAUGAGACUGAAUAAGAAAAGGAUGAGCGGUGAUCCCGGCACACACAGGAGCUGGUUUUCACUCAUCAUCACUGCUGAGCUAAGCUUCUAGUUUUGGAGUUGUUAGGAAGCAGACGAAUGUCCACGUGCCAUUGUCCUGUACUGUCCCCACGUUAGCAUUGAAUUUCAGCUUUAACUAACUGUGCAAUUUUUCAUCUUCAUCUAUAAGAGAAGCUCCGCUUUCAUAUUACUUCUUAGUUUCGUGGUUUAAAUACACUGGAAUUGUCCUUUAAUGGUUACACGGUCCUCAGUGGGUGAUGGGAUUCUGCAACUAUCAGAACCAAGUGGAUAAACUAAGAAUGACUCAGUGUUCGAGCUGAUAACAAGUCUGCACUCGUCUGUUUUUAACUCGUUUAGUUGUUGUACCAUCUUUGCAGAAGACAGACGGAGAUUUGAGAUGUUCCUCGGGUAACGUCUGAGCAUCAGCUCUUUACGAGGCAGAGCAUUUUGUGAAAGGGUCAUGGGAAAAAACUUCACACAUGUUUUCAAUAGCAGGUGUUGAUUUCUCUCCUACAAUACAACACAGUUAAGCUCUUUUACUGUCUGUUUUCGUCAGAUUUGGCUCGAGUCGCUUCGUCUGCUGCCAAACUUAAGAUGAAACAAAACCAGAUGCUCAUUUAAGAACUCAGCUUAGAUGACGAGCCAUCAGGAGCGUUUAGCAUGUGGUCUGCUGGCUGCCGGGGUGUGACUUCAGACAGAGUACCAGGGUGACGGCUGCCCAGAUCAGAUUACUACCUGGACCAUAAUUAAUCACAUUUUUUAAGCAAAAUUCUCACGUUGUCUUCUUCUUCUUCUUUUUUUUUUUUAACAUAUCUGUUCAUACUGAAAUAAAAUUCCACUUAAAGCAUUCGGCUGACACUGUUAUCCAGAAUGACUUAAAAUAAAAGUGAGCUGAUUGAAAUA